GGUUAGCUGUGCUACAAAUACUCCUGCUUUCUAGAGAAAGCUAAAGCAGCAAGAGGAGCGCCUUCAAGAAGAACCCUCUUCAAAUCCCAUAAAUCUCUCUGUUUUCUCCGCCUCUGCCAAAAAAGUUUCACACCCAAAUCCACCAAAUUUCUCCACUCUCUCUCUCGCUCUCUCUGGGUCAUACAUGGCUGAGAAAAAUGGGAUCUUGGUAAGCAGUGAAGCUCCCAAAGACCAGAAGAAUGCCUUCCCUUUCUUCCCCGACUUUGGUUUCAAAUUUCCAUUUCAAUUCCGCAAGAAGGAGCCCAUACCAGCGAAGAAACCCGAACCGGCCGGCGGCGAGAGCGAGGGCGGGAGCACGAGCGAGAAGCCCGACGUUGUGAGGUUCCCCCACAAGUCGUUGGAACCUCCGCCUCCGUUGAAGCUCGAGGUUGAGGAAGAGUCCGGGAAGACUUCGAAUCCCGUGAUUUUAUGGCAGGUUUAUGCGCUUGGAGGCUUCCUCAUCUUGAAGUGGGUGUGGGGAAGAUGGCAAGAGAGGAAGGCCAGAAAGGGCAGCGAUGAUCAAGCUACCGAAGAUGCGCAAGACGCCGCACCAGAUGAUUCCACUUUGCAUUAGCGAAAUGAUCACUCACUCUUUCUUCAAUAUGUUGUGCGGUAUAGUGGUUUUUGUAUACUCUCCUCUCUUAUAACUUGGUUCAGUGUAUAAACCCUCUGAUGGUUUAGUGAACUGAAAGGCUUUUCUCAAAA